AAGGCUUUUGGCUCUAUUAUGAAGUUCUGGAGUCACUCGCCCUUCAGCCUCUUGCCACAGUGCUUCGCGAUCAGGAGAAUGCUUCACGUUGUCCGACUGAGUUGCAUUGCCCCUCGUCGAUGUUGCCUGCAACUGCACAUCACCAGGAGUUGGCUUUCUGGGAACGGGACUUGUUUGUUUUGUAGCUGGCAUUCUUGCAUCCUGUGCAGUGAUUGGGGGCACUUGGCAGUGAGGGAUGGAUAUGGUGCAGCUGGAAGAGGAGGAGGUCGGCGACGUGGAGGUGGAGUAUUGUCGUAAGCAGGGGCCGGGGCGACGAUGCUUGCCCUGGUGCUCAGAUGAUGAUGAUGAUGAUGAUGAUGAUGUAUGGCAUGAGGCUAUGAUAGGACUGCUAGUUGAUCACGAGCGUGCGGUGACUUACACUCCUGACAAAGACCUUUACGUUGAAUGACUCAAUUGUAGAGAAGGUGAAGGCCCGGUGAAGCUGAGGGGCCUUGCUGCCAAUCUGACGUUACCUAGAAAUCUGAGGGCCCGCGACCCGAGCUUACCGUUUCCGUGAGGCCAUCCAAACUUAGUCAUCAAGAAGGUGUUUCGCCACUCCCUGACCCUGGUUGACGCGGAAGGGAUUCCUAGCCAGCUACCUGCAACAGUUUUCGAGACAGGGAUGGAAGUUGGGCUUGACGGUUUGUUUGGUGAAAAGUUUGCGAGGAGGCGGGAAGACACGCCCGCCGCCCCAAAGAAUGCAGUGAUGGUCCAACCAGCCAUGGGUGACUGUGUUUGGGUUGCUGCUGAACCUCUGGGAUUCUUGAUGUUGGGUCAGGAGGUGAGCCUCAAUUCUAAGGUGGGUGUUCAGGUUGGUGACAGGCAUGCAAUGGCCAGACGUAUGGGCGAUUGGGUGAAGGUGACGGAGGUUGGCGAGUAUGCAGGCAAGCGGAGGAGCCUUUUCGUUCAAGCGGUGGAGAUGUGGUCAAGGAGAGCUACACACCUGUUUUUGAGGAGAAACCGCUAGAAGGGCCCUCUACUACUCGUCGCCUGAUUGAGCAUGCAGAACGCCACAGAGAAGAUCCGCGGCUUUGGUGGGCAGCUUUGGUAUUUUGGUGUAGGAACAAACGCAUCGAGCAGACUGACAGAACCUACUGUAUCAUGAGAUGAAGGUCCUAUGUGGUGCGUUGUAUAUAUGGCAGGCACUUUGGAUCAGCUGCACUCCAGCACUCAUGUCCAUGGAAACACUGUGCAGACGCAUGCAAGCUAUCGUUGAUGCCUACUCCAAUCCGAACAGGCUUCUUGGGAGAACGCUAAGGUGUUUUCUGGCCAAGGCACCCCUGAAGACAUAGUUAGUUUCCGAACCUAUGCGGCCAAGAGGAACAAGGAUGAGUUGGGGCUGCUGCAGCCUAGUCAGAAAGUGCGUGAAUUGAAAGUGAGGAAGGUGAAGCUGCCGGUCAAGCUUCCCAAGCCGCCCAACAAAGGCAAGGGUGGCAAGGGGCCGGGGCAGCAGGAUGCCUGAGGAGAACAUGAUGCGCUGCCAGUCUGCAUCUGAGUCAGGCCAAGCACAAGGGGAGAGGAACAGCCUGGACCCCGUGCAGCCAUGCACCAUCAAGAGAGAAGGCUUUUCCCGAUUCCAUUUUUUGCGUGUCCUGACAGAAAAACUGGCAGGUGUCGAGGCGUGCAACGGCCGCAACCGAAUUCAACAAGAAUGAGGCCAUUUUUGCAUUAAACUUAAGCUGGAUGGCUAACGAUGAUUUUCACUUGAGCUCCAUGAUGGAGCGUGCGGCGCAGUGUGUGGAUGGCCUGAUCAACAUUCAGAAGCCCAGUGGCUGCGUCGAAAGUGUGGAGGAAUCGCUAAAGGUUUCUCAAAGGUGGCUCUCCAUAUGACAUGGCAGUCACCAAUCAUUCACUAGCCUCCUGCCAGCCCGAGCAGAGUGACUUGGCCCACCGUGCUGUGACGACGACCAUCAGUAUAUGGAGGAGAUGACAGAGCUGAUCAAACGUGAGGCAGAAAGGGUAGACCCAAGGUUGUUUCGACCUUAUUGGGGCCGGAAGUUGAAGUACAGCAAGAAGGCGUACCAUGACAUUGGAUAUUUCACCUAUACACUGCACCCUUUGUGAAGAGUUCUAGGCGAAGGGUUGCUUCCGUGAUCCACCCUUUGACAACCUCGUGACUGGAGAAGGCCUUGGUUGAACUGAGAUGAGCUUUGAGGAUGUCACCUGGCCUAGCCCUCAGCUGCUUGAUGCCUUGUUUGUUAACAUUGGUCUUUCGGACGUGCGCGACUGUUUCCACCGGAUGCGAGUGCCUGGUUGGCCAGGCUUUUCGCGUGGGAGGCGGUUCCAGCUCGCGUCGUUGCCUGUUCUGGCAAAGUGUUAGGGCGCAACGAUGCGUAGUGGCGUUGGCUGGAUCUGAGAUUGUAGUUUGCUCAGGGAGUGAAGGAAGUCCUGACUGGCUCAAUCCAUCCUUUGCGAGAUGCCAAGCUUGCAAAUGAUAGGGGGCCCUGUCAGCCUGAAGAUAGGGAAGCAGGUGAGCAACACUGCACACUACUAUGUUUAGGUCGACAACCUUGAGUGAUAGCAACAGACAAGUAGAGCGGUUGAGGCGUUGGAGCAUUUGCAACCUUGUUUCAAUCAUUUAGGUCUUGAGCUAGACCCUGGCUGGCAUCCCAUGCGGGGCAUGCCCUUGGCGCAACUAAUCACAAGGGCAACGUUGUUUUGCACGACUGUCAGGUGUGACCACAUCUCCCGGACAUUUGCCCUAGGAUGUGGGGAUAUCUUGCAACUUCCGUCGACAGGAUGUGGGGCUAGUUUGCAACGCCCGCAACAUUCAGGCAGGCCGCUGCUCACCAGCGGACCAUAUUGCUUGCAAGGUUUAGGGGAUGGAGGCUUCGCAAAAAUCCCAUUCUUCCCCACGCACGAGAUCAAGGUAGUGGAAGAAUACCUGAGCGAGCAGGCUUAGAUAGACUUCGUGGACGGGGACGGCGCAAGCUCUAAACAACCUAGAGCUUGAGGCUAGAUGGGACUGGCUCAUUUCUUCGGCGGGACAACAGUCUUUUUAUGUUGUUGCGCUAGGCCAAUCGGCGCCGCGCAAGCAACAAGGUGACCCAACAUUAUGAGGACUCACUCACUAGGACGGGCCUCGCCGAGCUAUAGAGCAGCGUUGCGCAGAUGAACAAAUUGACG